AUGCGCCCCGACUCUGACUCUGAAGAGUCUUGUCCCGACAUCAUCGAUGCCUGGGUCUGGAUCCACAUUCCUAAGAUCAAAGACCUCGAAGAGAGGUACUGGGCGGCUAGCCAGCAGCUCGAAAAUGGCAAUUACACAGUCUACUACAUGGAUCCCAAGACACUUGACAACAAAAAGCGUGAGUUGGUCAUGAAGCUUAAGAUUCAGUACCAUGUCGACCUGGAGAAUCGAUCCGAUGAGAUAGAACACCAACUGGGAGAUGAUAUCGAAGGGAUCCUGGAGAUUCUGGAAGCGCGGCGCGGCGCGCAAGGAGCUGAUCCGUCUUCUGAUGAUGAUGAUGGAGAAAGUGAAGACGAAGAGAAUGAGGAUGAGCCCCAGCCCCAGCCCGAGCCCCAGCCCCAGGUGGACAACCAGGACUACGAUUCUGAAGCUAGCACUAUGAUUCUCAUUGACGGUCCUAUUUACCAUGGACCCAAUAGUGACGCUGAUGAUGACUCUGACCUUGAGUCUGAAACGAAUCUCAUUUUGAAAGGAGAGACCCGUUAUGUAGCCCAAUCGGGCCCAGUGGGGCCUGAGUCCGACGUCGAUACUGAUGACAUUGUUGGGGGUUUAUAA